AUGUCAAGGUACAAGCUGGCGGAGGAGAACCUUUUGGAGGUAAUGAAGGAAAAAGGAGCAACUAUUGGUAACCCGAUUCUCCGGCCAGAGCUGAGAGCGGAGGCACGGAAGCGGAUUGGCGAUACGGGACUGUUAGAUCACCUCCUCAAGCACAUGGCCGGUAAAAUUGCGCCCAGUAGCACGGACCGUUUCCGGCGGCGCCACAAUGCCAACGGAGCAAUGGAGUAUUGGUUAGAAAGUGCUGAUCUUGUUGACAUCAGAAGCAAGGCUGGGGUGCAAGAUCCUUUCUGGGUUCCACCACCUGGUUGGAAACCUGGGGAUUGUCCCACUCAGGAUCCCAUUUGUGCUAAGGCGCUGAAGCUACUGAAGCAAGAGACUUCCACAAUCAAAAGAGAUAUGGAGGAAAUGUUAUCCAAAAAGAAGUUGGAGGAGGAAGUGUCCAAACUGAGAAGAGAGAUGGAGGAAUUUUUUGCUAAGAAGAAGCUGGAGGAAAGCCAAAGUAUUCUGAUCUCAAACCCUGGUGGAAUCAGCCAAAAGUUGGAUGUGCUUGAUACUUCACUGCCUUCAACUUCUAGGAGUGACCAUGAUGAUGCACUGGUCUCAUUGGCAAAAUAUAAGGAACAACUGAUGGUCAUUUCAGAUUUUCUGAAGGGGAUGCAGGAAGAGAUAGGGCAGUUGACCUCCAAGGUGGAUGAAAAAACAAGGUCAUACUCCUCAUUAAAUGUGCCUGCAGAGCCUUACGCUGAAAAAGAGAAAAGACAAUUGGAAGAAAGUAGCAAAGCACUGGCAGUACAACAGAAAGUAGCAGCUAUAGAGAAAAGAGUUCAGGAGGAGUUGAUCAGAGCCAUGCACAAACAGAUGCUCAACCACAAGCAGCAAAAAAUACAGCGGCUGCAGAGGAAAAAGCAGCAAAGAUACAAAGGCUGA